AUGGGCGACCUCUUCCCCUAUGAAACCAGAGAGCCUCUAAGCUCGCGUAUCCCUCCCGGCCUCCACCUCCUUUCUGCUCCCUUCGGCUCAGCCCGCCAAGACUCAACACGCAUCUGCUCCGUUCUUGAGAGCUAUCUUGGCCCAGCAGCUUCUCUGCGUCUCCCCGGCGACACAGAGUGCAGCACCUCCGUUGAGGCUCUCAAGACAGCUGCGUCGCUUGACAUUUCAUGGGACCCCGUGUCUCAACUUCUCCGGAUCACGGCCCUCUGGCCGAGUGGGAUCCAGAACGUGGCUGUCAAGUCGACGGCGGAGCACAGAGCCGAGCUGGGAAUCUUCUCGACCGACCCGUCUGCCGGCGAUGCCCAUGAGAUCGGGCUCGGUGGGUUAGUUGCGGCGGCUGCUACCGACGAGAAGAAGGAGCCGUCCAUUAUCGCCUACGCCAUCCCAUCACGGCAUCGACAGGCGGACUCUAGCUUCUCGGUGGGCGUCGUGGAGCCUCAGGGGUUGCAUCCCACCCUACGACUCUCCAUUUCCUCACCUAAGCCGCCGCCGGCAGCCGUCGAGAAUCAGGCCUACGAUGGCUCAUGCGGUCUUCACGCCUACCUAACCCUCCCCAAGACCGUUUUCGCGGACCGCUACCAGCUUGCCGACGACCUGUUCAUGGCAUCCAAGAACCUCACCAGGCUUCGAUAUGCAAGCACGCCAGUCGACCUCGAGAUGCCCGAGUACAAGACCCUCAAUGGGACGGAGGUGCCCUACCCUUCUGUAUUCUGGGCAUGCAAGGCCGAGGGCGAAGCGUCUUUCACCGACAGCCCCUUUGAUCGGGCCAACCUUGGCUAUGACCGUCUUUUUGCGCCCCGCACUGUCUUCUGGCACGUAGAACCGCGACCUGACCCCUCCACCGCGGCCAGCCACGCGACGCUUGUGACAAAGCUUCGUGUGCCUGUUCUAGCCGUGGAAAAGUCUAGUUGGGUCGAGGCGGGUACAGCGCUGACGAUUUUAGUCGGAUUCGGUUGGGUGCUUUUUUCACUUUUCUUCGCUGCCCGGAACAGCAACGGCAAAGAGACUCGAAAGCAGGCAGCAAAGAAACAACAGUAA